AUGGCGACCUCCAAGCCCGUGCUGUUCAUGGACGCGAAGACUCCUGUCAACUUCCGAGGCAAACGACAACGGCAGGAAGUGCGCGCUCUAGCCUUGCGUGCAGCCUCCUUCUCCCGACCGAACAGGAAGAAGAAGAACCCCAAGGGCCGUGAGGAUUCAGCAUCCUCAUCACGCCGGCAGCGGUGUCCGUUGCAAGGGACGCUGCCCACAGACGCGACCCAGCCGUCAGAUCAGAGAGUUCGACACUGCUGCUUCUGUGGCCGACCUCUGGAACCAAGUCCGAAGGACCUCUGCCUCGUGUCUGGCAACGUCCAGCCCGCCGCGCCAUGGCAUCAGAUAUGUAGAGGACAUUCUCCUGCAGACGCCUCGACGUCUGUUGUAGCACGUCUUCAUAUACGCGGACCUCGGCCGGACACAGCGUGCGACCCCUUCGACUCCACGCCCCUUGCAAUCACAGCCGACGAUCACGACGUCUUGAACUAUAUCAAAUCAUUCACCUUUGCUGUCAACUGGCCUGACGAGCUCGAAGCUUGUCGUGAAGGUCACAGCCUGUACAAUGCUCAUCUAUUGAUGUACAGGAGGUACUUCACCCACCCAGCCCCCAUGAGCGGACUCCUCUCGUACGCCUACAAUCUUAUGGCCCUUGCACAGCCGGAGAGGGCAGCAUACCAUCGACAGAUAUCCAUGAAGUACUCGCUGCAGUGCUUCAAGUUCCUGCGAGACUUGAUCGACACGUUGGACAACUCAGAUGAGCAGCUGAUGGUCAUCGUGCAGACGAUCUUCCCCCUCGCGAUCGCUGAAUACUCGGAGUCCAUCCGGAUGGGCGGUGACCGGAGCCUACAGCAUCGAGGUGCGCUGCUGCGUCUGAUUCAGCUCUUGGGCGGCCCGCAACGACUCCCCUUGGUGUACAGGGAACUCUUUGUGAACUUCUUUGCCAAAUCCGCCAUCGUGAGAGACACAGCCACCGAGAUCGAUCCCGCAGCAUGGGAUCCCGGUCCAUGGCAAGGGCAGCUCAGCGAUACUGUCCCUUCUCUGUCAUCUGAACUGAGUCCGCCCAGCAAGCCCAUGGCCGACACUUCUGAUAGCCUGUCGGAGAUCCUGGCGGGUCUGCGCGAACUGGCGGCCGUCGCGAAUAUAAAACGGCGCGGCAGGUGGUCAGAUGACGAUCACUUGAGCCCUGUCUUCCGUUGGACCUAUCUGCGCAGCAUGGCCUUGAAGAUGCGGCUGUGGAACUUCCUCCACCCACCCGGAUGGCGAUCAUUAUCAGACUCUUUGGGCUCAGACACCAAACCCCACCACCAAAUCUUCCACUAUCAAUCCGUUGAGGACUAUACACGGGUAUCACGGGAGUUCUGUCUGUGUCUUGCAGCACAACUGUUCAUCUACCUCAGUCUGGAGACCUGCCCCGUCAGGCAUCCAACGUACUCUGCGCCCACUCAAUAUGCAGACAUGCUGGAACGGAGCGAGAUCCUCGACACGCUGCUUUUUGGGUACGCCGAAGGAUGCGGGACGAUCAGAUCUCUGGGGGUAUGCGGCCUGGAUGCCACAACCAUGGGAGAGGAACAAGGGCAAGCCCAAGCACGGGAUCUUUUGUGGAUCGUGGCAAUUGGGGCGUGUUUCGAAGAGGACGCGUCUAGACAAAUGCCUCACAAUCUGAUUCCCGGGUUGGCCCCGACGGCCAAGGCAGCUGGUUUUUGGGAUGAGAAAGAAUGGAAGGUUCCCCUGUGUGUGGACGACGGAGAUGACAGUGGCAGCGGCAGCACACAUCAAACGGCACGGUGGUGCUUCUCUCUGCAUUUUGGAGGACUGGCCAGACGGCUUGGGUAUCUACAGUUCACUCAUGUCAAGGAGCUGUUCUCCCGGAGUUACGUCUACGAUGAAAUGAUCAUGGAGGAGACCUUGAACAGAUUGUUCGCUGUCGGUCUGUCUACUUGA